UACCCUUCAACUCAAUUCACUUCAUUCUCCAAUCUACCCUUCAAAUCAAACAAACAUGACUCAAGUCUUGGCUCCAGCUCCAGUUCCUGAAGCUGUCUUAUUAUCUCCUCCUACUUUACCAUCAAAUCAAAAUCAAUCAUCUCUCAAUCAAAACAAUCAUGUCAAUCUCGAUUUACGGAACUAUAGGAUCACCAUCGAUCGUGAAUCAUUAAUGGAAUUACCUGAAAGUGUACUACUUUGUCUUUUUCCUAAUGGUUUCGUCUUCAAUCAACGUCAACAACAAACCAAUUCUUAUCCUCAAAAUCAAUCGAGAUUUAUUCAAGAUCAUGGUGUCACUCUAGAUGAUGUAGAAGAUGAUGAUGAUGUUUAUUAUGUCGAUUUCGAUGGUGCAUGUUUAUCGUUCAUUCUUAAAUUCUUCAACGAAUCUCGUAUCUCUUACUAUGGAACCGAUCCUCCACCACAAGAUUCACCGGCUCCUCCUCAACAAUUACCUUCUCCACUUUUCUACAAACAAGCUAUCAUUGUACUUCGUGAAGAACUUGAAUACUUUGCUGUACCAUCUCAUAAACCAGAUGAUGGAUCAGAUCCUCAUACUUAUCAAUUGAAGAAACUUUGUGGUGAUCAAAUAUUAGAGAGACGUAGUAUCUUCACACCUCUUCAACGGAACAUCAAUCGUGAAAACAAUGUGGCUGAACAACAUCUAAUCGAUAUGUUGUGCAUGAGUGGUUUCAAUCGAGAAGAUGAAUGGGGAUACCGGUCUAUCGAACCUCGAAGAUGUUGUAUCACCUCACUUGCUCUUGUGCUUCUCAAAACAGGUAUCACUCAUGAUCACCCACCUGGACACCCAUCCACCGGACCUCAAAGUCCUACUCAGAUGAAUCCUCGGGUCAGCAAUCAGCAACUUACAACGGCUCAAAAACUCUUGUUGUUCUGGCGAAAACCUGCCCGAAAAUGUUGGUGGGAUGCUACGGAGGUCUCCUUGCCUAUUCCAAAGCAGGAGAAGCCUUUGGAUGUGAAACUUUGGGCUCGAAGGGUUUGGACGCUCGAGUUAAGCUUGAUUUGAUCUUCCUUUUUUUCUUCUUGCUCGUUUGUAGUUCUUGUGGCGGAUCGGCUGCUUUGAUCUAUGUUUUGUCUUUAUCAUGGCACCCUUUCUUUUUGUUUGCAUGAUACCUGCUUUUCAUUUCACUUUUAAUCUCAUGAAGCAUGUUGUGAUCCCUCUUUGUCAGUAUUCUCAUUCUAUUCACUCUUCAUGAACACAUCAUCCCAAGUAUGAUGUUUUUCGAGAGGUAUAGUUUGUUGGGUUUUACUAUAUGUUUGCCCCCCUGGAUCUCACCAGUUCACAUUUUGACUUCUUUUCUUCAAUUAUGUUCAAUUUUCAUUUCACUUAGCUCUAGUUUUCUUUCUCUUCUUUUUUCUAUUCAAUUCUGAAAUAAGUCUUGUUUCAAUCAAUGAUUUCUAUCCAUCAUUUUUCAAUGCGCGGAAGUUGAUUUUUUUUCAAUUUGUAUACAUUUAUCUAUCUUUUCUUUUUCCAUUUAUUAAUGUGUUUUUUCUUACUACUCUUUUCAAUACUUUCUCUUAUUGCUUAUUGCUUAUUGUGUUCGAGUUCAUUUUUGUCAUUUUUUUUUCUUUUAUAGGUGCUUGUUAUCUGUACAAAGUCAUUUUUUUCUUUGGAAGUCUCUUUCUUGUGAUAUUGAAGUACUCUGAAUCAUCAGUCAGUAUUGUGGUACAUAGUAGUUUUUUCUUUAAAGAAAUAUAAUUUGAUAUAAGGGU